UACAACGCUUCUGAUUCGCCAACGCUCAGAAUCUGCGAAACUCAAAAUGGCGAGUGCUACGUUUACCGAUGUUGUUCCAAGAAAAAAUCAUGAAAGCAAUAGCGAGGAGGAGGAAGAUAUUAUGAGAGUGAAAUUGCGAAAAUGGCUGGAAGAGAAAAAAAAUCGGGCUUCAGAAAAGAAAGCUGUUAAGCCAUUGCAGCAAUUGAACGUGAAAAAACCACCACACUCGCUGCGUAAGACAAAGGUGACCAGAUCAGUCAGUGCCAAGAAACAAAAGGAGAAUACAACUGAUGGAGAUAGUCUUGGUGAGAAGCUUGAUAAGUGGAAGGCUGAAAGGGAUAAGAAAAGGGAACUUAUAAGAAAAAACAAAAGGCCAGAAUGGAAAGGUGGUGGCAUUGCCACACCAUCAUGUAAACCACCAUCCAUUACUAAGAGUACAAGCACUUCAAAGAUGGCCCGUAGUUCAACAGCAAAGCCCCAAAAAUCUAGAAAAUCGUUAUUUCAAGAAGAGACUGUCAGCAAUUCCAACAAGCCAGCUCGGGAACCAAAUACUAUUGACCACUGUGCUGAGACUGCUCUGAAUGUGGUUGACAUUCCUUCUGUUGCGCCGCACAAUUUUGUGAGAUUCAUGACACCAGUUCGGAGAAGCCCACGUAUUCAGUCAAUGCAGAGUUUGGUGACACCAAGUGAAUCAGUUGUACACAACUUAGGUGGCGAAGACUACAGAAAUAAAAAUCUUGAAAUGAGCAAAAGAUUAGAGCUGUGGUUGGCAGCAAAGGGUAAGACGCCGUCUAAAUACAGAAACCUGAUUGGCUUUGAUUCCAAGUUGACUGCGGUACAGAGAAGGCAGGCAUAUACCAGACAGGGAUGCACAAUGGCAACUGACAGCCUUGAUGACAGUCGCAUGACUGCAGUAUACUUGGCUGAUGGUGGCAAUGAUGCAAGAAAAGAAGCUCUUUGUGUUCUUGAAGAUACUUUGGAUGAUUGUUUUACUCUGCUUGAAUCAGAAUGUCCAGUCAGCAAGGUCAAGGAAUGGUUGUCCAGUAUCUGUGGUCGUAUUCCAUUGGCUUUACAGUCUGCUAAAUACUGGAUAUGUCGAGCUAAGAUUGCCGAGAUGGAUAGUGAUGAUAUACACGAUGUUAUCGAAUGCUAUGAAAUGGCUGUCAAACAUGGAGCUGAGCCCAUCAAGGACAUUACAACAGCAUUGACUGAAUUUGUGUUAAAAACUAACACUAACAAAAAUAAGGAGAAUCAACUUAGUGAUACAGAAGAGAAUGAAGACCUUUUUGCAAAGACACAACCACUAUCACCGCAGUUGACAGAAGCAGGCCCACUGUUACAGUCAAUGGAAGCAGACCCUCUGUCACCUGAGUUAAUUGGCCCGUUAUCACCUCGUUUGGCAGGUCAUGCAUUAGAUUCAGCUGCAGAUAUUGGAUCUGGUCCAAGUCCGAAAAUGUUAAAGUUGACACCACCAGCAUCAGCCUCAGAGUUGAUAACUAAUGUUGGCAAAACCAAGGACAUGUCAGUCCCGGAGAGACCCUCAUCUACAGUCAAAUAUUGCAUCAGCAAAACUCCAUUGUUCAACAGACUCCAUAGAGCCUAUGGUGAGCGUGUUCCUAUCACUCCUGUUGCUGUGAUCACACCAGUGCGACGGUCGGUAAGACUUGAUCGACCCAACUCAUCAUUACCCGCCGCUCUUCAAGGCCACGAUGUCUGCGUAAAUUCCUUGUCUCAGCUAAAAGAACACAUUACAGCCACACCGACCUUAAAAGAUGUUGUUUUAUUUGACUAA